UUUUUACUUCAUAAAUUCAAAUUCAAAAGUUAAUUUUAUAAAAAAAAAAAUUGUUAAUAAAUUACUGUGUUGUGAAGUUCAGUGUUCCGCCCAGUGAUUCUAAAAAACAAACCCCAUCAAAAUGGCAUCAUCACUCUCACUCUCCAUCCAAAUCCUGCUAGUGCUAGUACUCUUCAAGCAAACCCACAGCACCGAAGAUGGCUACCUUCGAUACGUCAAAGACGGUUGCUUCAUAAAAGGAGAAGCGCUAUCUUGCGUCAAAUACAAAGCCCUAAAGAUUGCUAAAAAGACUCUAUUUGGAGACAAUAUAAACAGCAAUGAGACUAUAAAGGCAAACCAGAUGAUCAGUUUCGUGCCUUUAGACGUGGAUACGAUAGAAAAACUCUCUGCAGGAGAAAAGGCAGAGGUUCUGACGAGUGAGCCCAAAGGAUUCAUGUCAGAAUGGGCGGAGUUGGCGAAGUAUCUGAUGAAGCUGAUGAAGGACUUCUUCAAGGUGAAGGGACUGAGGGUGAACUUGCCUGAAGGAGCGAGGACUGUGGAAGAAGACGAUGAUGUUGACAUUGAAGACGAUGGGGUGUUUGACAGAGCGCCGGCCUUGAACAAGACAUUCCCUCUUUAUAAAGGUCGCGGCAAGAAGAAUAAGCUGGCCAUAAUCGUCCCGCUCCUGACUCUCCUUACUGCCAUCAAGACGAAGCUGCUCCUCAUUCCAGUGCUGCUAGCCGUGCUGCUGCUAAAGAAACUGCUGCUGGUUGGCGCACUACUACUGCCAAGUCUGCUGAACACUCUGAAGGCUUGCAAGCACCACCACCCGCACUCUUACUCCUAUUUCGGGUCGAGCGACGCGUCGGACUUCAAUUCGGACUACGGGAGUACGUAUGCGUACUCAUCAGGAGCUGGAUACAACAAGGACUGGGCUUCUAAUAGGGCAUACAACAUGCCAAAGUACCACAGACCUACGCCCGCACCUGUUUAUAUUACCGCGCCUGGAGCUGCUAAGUAAACGGAUCUAAGUAACGAUUCUUAAGGUCUUAGCACAUUUAUCACCCCGCAAAGGGAUCAAAUACGUAUCGCCUUUCGCAUCGCUGUCGUCACCCACGAGGCGAGGCGUUUACGCUACAGUUUUCAUGCAAAGAAUACUGACCGCUUCGAGUUGAUGCGGUUACCAUCCGUUUCCGGGAUGAUAAGUGUGCUUCGUCCUCUAUAAUACUCAUUCUCUAUCUUCUUCUUUCUUUGGUAAGCUAAAAGAGACAAGACUACGACUGACUUCAAUUCGGACUACAGGAGUAUGCGUACUCUUCAGGAGCUGGAUACAACAAGGACUGGGCUUCCAACAGGGUAUACAACAUGCCUAAAUACCACAGACCUACGUCCGCGCCUGUGUAUAUUACCGCACCUGGAGCUGCUAAGUAAAUGGAUCUAAGAUUUCUUGAUUUCUCUAUCUUUUUCUUUAUUUGGUGAACUGAAAAAAAAACAAGAAUGCACUUUUAAUAAAAUACCAACACCACUUAAUUAUGUAUUUACCCUAUUUUUUGAGCAAAUAAUUUGAAUUUGAAUUUGAAGACUUCGACUGACUACUGACAGUAAAAGACGAAGCACACUUAGCAACCCGGAAACGGAUCGUAACCGUAUCAACUCGAGGCGGUCAGUAUUAUUUGUAUGAAACUCCGUAUUGCAACGCACUCUUAUACGCACCGUAAACUCCUCGCCUCGCGGCGAAAUGCGAUACGGAGUUGAUCGCUUUUCGGGUUGAUAACUGUGCUAUGACCUUAAUUUUGACUACGGGAGCACUUAUGACAAAUAGUUAUAUAUACUUUCUGAUAAGUAGGUAAAUAGACUUCUUCUUUUCUUACAAAAAUCCUAUACUACUGUGAAAACCUUCCACUAUUUAACAUUUUAUUUGCAACCAUUCAUGAAAUAAAUAUCUGACCUAAAGUGGCAUAGACUGGACAUAGCUUGAAUUCUAGAACAGACUCAGCAACGCCUGAAAUUAAUUUUACAGCAGAUAUUUCAAACCAAAACAUUGCUUACUACAAAUAGCCAGUGGCUAGUUCCUAUUGUUAAAGUACAAACUACGAGUAUUAAUAAAUUGUAUAAUUACAAGUAUAUUAUUUGAAAAACACUUUCCUUAGCUAUUACAAACUUUGUAUUCAGUUCUGAUAAUUAUAACGAGAAAUUAGACUGUUGAGUUUACCUUUGGUGAUUGGAAUUUAUUAAAAGCCUGUUUGUAAUUAAUAACUAUCUCAACUAAUUUAAAUAUUUCAGUUAACUUGUUACGAAUGAAAACUAAUUUGUCUAUGAAAUAUUUGGUUGAUAUCAAUUUUUAUUCCAAAGAUUGUUUGAUUUAAUAUUGUUUUGUAAAGAAGUAUAAGAUUUAGUGGUUAUUCAUGAAACGCCAUCUAAAUUAUGUAUUUAAAUUA